GCGGCGGUAGGAUAGUGGGCGUGGAUACGAUGGUAAAAAAACGUAAACAAAGAUACAGCGAGCACGCAGUAGUAAGCGAGCAGUUCAGUUGUGCUGUACGCUGGUGAAUGACCGAGGCGCUCUUUGUAAUAAACGCUAAUAACGACCAAAUUCAUUCGCAAAACCAUGGAUUAUAAGUGCUGAGGGAUUUGUUACAGGUCCCACUGCUUCACUAACACGGUUUUUGUGGAUUUUUACGCAGUUUUAGUUAAAAAAUGCUGGAUAAACGGGUGGUUGAUUCGCCCCGGGAGCAAACAGACGACGUAAGAGGAAAGACUGCAAAAGAACCGUUUGAGAAGCAGUAUAAAUUAGGUGCCCUCCUUGGAAGCGGCGGUUUCGGCUCUGUGUUUGCAGGACAAAGAAUCUCUGAUGGCUUACAGGUCGCAAUCAAGCAGGUGUGCCAUGACAGAGUACAACAGUGGGCUAGACUGCCUAAUGAGCUGAGCCCUGUCCCCAUGGAGAUAGCUCUUCUGGUGCAGCUGGGAGGUUCAGGCCACCGUGGGAUCAUCCGCAUGCUCGACUGGUUCGAAGUGCCCAGUCAGGGAUUUCUUAUGGUUUUUGAAAGGCCGCAGCCGUGCCAGGACCUCUUUGACUUUAUCACAGAACGUGGUGCUGUGGAUGAACCCCUGGCUAGAAGGUUUUUGAAGCAAGUAGUGGAAGCUCUGCAGUUUUGCCACUCGAGAGGAAUCGUUCACAGAGACAUUAAGGAUGAGAACAUCCUGAUGGACACUCGGACCGGAGAUAUAAAGAUCAUUGAUUUUGGAUCUGGUGCUCUUUUGAAAGACUCUGUUUACACCGACUUUGAAGGAACUAGAGUUUACAGCCCACCUGAGUGGAUCCUCCAUCAGCGAUAUGAGGCACUGCCUCUCACCAUCUGGUCUCUCGGUGUUUUGCUGUUUGACAUGGUGUGUGGGGACAUUCCCUUUGAAAGAGACAGAGAUAUUGUUCAAGCGAUGCCCAGUUUCACUAAGCGCAUAUCCAAAGAAUGCCAGUCUCUGAUCCGCUGGUGCCUUUCAUACCGUCCAGAAGAGCGUCCAAGCUUGGAGCAGAUAUUACUGCAUCCUUGGAUGAUGGAGAGCUCAGAGGACAUUGGAGAUCUACAAGAAGACAGCAAUAUUGCACCAAGCCUUUAAGACUUUUUAAGCAAGCCGUAGUGAACACGGCUGUAAAAACUUCACCCCUUGUUCUUCAACACUGGAUUUUUUUUUUGUCACUGAUCACCAGCUCCACACAGCCUUAUUUAUCUGUUUCUUGUAUACUUUUAUUGUAUUUUGCAGGACCUUUCUGGCAUUUUGUUUCUGCUGGACACUUUAUUGUGUCCUGUUCAUUUGUCUGCUGCAAAUCCAGCCUCUCAUCUAGUGUUUCUACACUCAACAUCACUGGUACAUGAGUUUGCUCUGGAUUAACCUGCCUGCUUUUUAUUUAUAGUUAUUUAUUGACUGAAACACAAUAGAUUUAGGGCUCAAACAAGGGGCUGUGAAGUUGUAGACACUGUAAGACAUUUCCUUGUGUUUGUAUAUGCUCUAAAAGUGUCGUCAUUGACUGCAAGGGGUGUAAGAUGAGCAUUUACCUGGUUUUACAGGCUCUGUAUAUUUGUAUUUCUGCCUCAUUUUAAGAGGUGAAUAGACUUUGGAUCUGGUCCCAAGGUGCCCAGCUGGGAUUUUGUGAUAGAACAGGGACUGGCACUGAUGUCAGUCUGGUUUGCACCUAGAAAAAUGUUUAAGAAGAAAAUUUCCUGUUUGCCUUAUGACACAAUACGCUAAUUGCCUUUUGGGAAAUUUGCCAGAGUGCCUUUUACUUUCGGUAUUUUGUAAAGUUACUCAAGUCUUAACGACAAUUUUAAGAAUGUAAGCAAAUUGUUUCAAUUGCACUGUUUUCAUGAUCAUACUUGUUUGAAAAUUGCAGCAUUCAGCAUUGUCAUUCAGCCAGAAAUGCUUGUUCUUGGGACUGUUUACCCACAGCGCAAACAUGUCAUUGCUGUUACCUGUUAAAGCCAAAGAGAUUAACAAAUGGCACUAGCUUGAUUUUGGAGAAUCCCUGAAGAACCCAAAGAAACCAUUUUUGUUGAAAUGAGACCUUUGCUAGUGCAAUAAUGAAUGUAUUAGUUUUUAUACUUUGGACCAAACAGGUUUUUUUUCUUAUUGGAUAAGGGGACAGUCGUGUUUUAUUACAUUAAUAAAUCCAUGCUUUUGUUCUUGGGUUUGCACAAUUUUGUAAAUACUUGUGUAUUUAAGUUUGUAAUGUGCCAGCAGUCAUGUGACUGUUUAAAUUAAACAAAAGUGAGAAAAA